ACUGCCUCCAUGACCGUCUGGACCGCGAACAUCUGCAGUACCUGAAAAGUGACUUCUCUCUAUUCUACUCCUUUUCCUUCCCCCACCGCCAUAUCUGCAUGUCCAUCGUGUCCGAAGGAAUGAAUACUGUAGAGGGCACGGAGGUUUAAAAAUACUUGGGCUACCGCUUCGCUUCGCCAACCGGCUUACCUGCCUUGCCACCCACCACACUCGACAGCAUAUAUCGGUCAAUCGAAAGGCUUCGCUUUGUCUGUACCCAUUCGCUCCUUAUCUAUCACAACGGUGUGCACCAUGACCGAGUCUGAGUUAUUUCCCGAUGAUGAUCGCUCGGUAGAGCUGUCAUCGAUUGCUGCCAUUUACCCGGAGAUCACGAUAGAUCCUUCUUCUCCCUUCAAAGCAUCUCUGAGCCUGCUUGUCAAACCCUCCACUCCUCUCCGCGUAUGCUUUCAGCAGCAACCAGAGACAGACUUUCCCGCUGUCCUGACCCCUCCCACCUCCAUCGAUGCCAACGACGCGGGGUUCCCGUUCAAGGCUACGGAACAGGACCCUGCAGUUGGUCUCAACCGAGAUGUCCACGUUCUCUCGCACCUUCCGCCUCUCUGCCUCGAGAUAGAGCUUCCUGAAGGCUACCCGUCGGAUACAGCACCUAUUUUCAAGCUCGAAACAAGCCCACCUUGGCUCCCAUCUUCGAUAAUUGCAAACUUGUUGGAUGACGGACGACGUCUAUGGGAAGAAUGCGGAAAUGACCUGGUGGUGUUCACGUACAUCGACCAUCUUCAACAACUGGGAGACUCGGCCUUUGGAGUGAGCGACAUGCCCGAUGGCGAGGUCCAACUCCCUCGAGAGUUGAAGAUUGCUUUGCUGGACUUCAACAGUAAAGCUGAGCGGGAGAACUUUGAACAAGAGACAUUCGAGUGUGGAGUAUGCCUGGAGCCCAAGAAGGGCACAACGUGCCACCGACUGCUAUCCUGCGGGCACGUUUUUUGCGUUCCAUGCCUCCAAGACUUCUACAACAGCUGCAUAACAGAGGGUGACGUCGAAGGUGUCAAGUGCCUGGCUCCUGACUGUGGCAAAGAGUUGAACCACACCUCAGCUACGGAGGUGCUGCCAAAGAAGCAUAAAAAGCAGGACCGGACCCUAAGCCCCAGCGAACUACUCCAGAUCCCGCUCGAACAAGAAACAGUGCAACGGUAUGUGUUUCUGAAACGGAAGAAAUCGCUCGAGGCCGACAAGUCGACCGUCUACUGUCCUCGAAAGUGGUGCCAAGGCGCAGCGCGUUCAAAGCGGCAUCCGAAGCCCGUUGACCCGAUGACAGAUGACGUGGACGCCCCGUAUGAAGAAGAGGAGGAUGGCCCCGUGUUCGAUCCCCUUGGCGACGAGGCGCAGCUGCCACCCAUGGCCGAUCGUGUGGCUAUUUGCGAAGACUGCAACUACGCCUUCUGCUGUGUUUGCAAGAAGGGCUGGCAUGGUGAGCUUGUGCGGUGCUUCCCACGUCGAGAUGCGGAGCUAUCGGCAGAGGAGAAAGCCACGGAGGAAUACCUACGAAUGUACACAUCGGAGUGCCCCACAUGCAAUGCUCCGUGCCAGAAGCAAAUGGGCUGCAAUCAUAUGAAGUGCUUCAAAUGCGACACGCACUUUUGCUAUCUGUGCUCUAGCUGGCUCUGCGAGGACAACCCCUACCGCCAUUUCAACGACAUUGACAGCGACUGCUUCAACCGGCUCUGGGACAUGGAAGGCGGCGACGGUAUCAAUCCUGACGGAGCCGCAGCCUUGCACCAAGUACCAAACGAGCUCCUGGAUUUCGACGACGGCAGUGAUGACGAGGAUAUCAUGGCGUGGGAGCUAGGAAGACGACCCCCACCCCCUGCCCCGGUCCCGCCCCGCGUCAACAACGGAGUCGCCGAGGGCCACCGUCAACGCGGAAACAACCCCAAUGGCCUAGACGCAGCAGGCCGGGCCGCCGCCGCCGAGCGGCAGGCCCAAGCACGAGCAAUCGCCGAGGUCCGCCGAGCCCCGGAUGUUGAACCUGCCCGUCCACCUCUGCGCGUCCAGCCGGACCGCCAGGGACAAAUCAGAGGACUGCAGAGAUUCCUCGACUUGGUCCAAAACGACCGCGAAGACGAAUGGGAUAGUGACGAACUAGACGACGAUUUCUAGAAAUUCUCUCUGACAACAAACACGACUUCUCUACGCAACACAGCGUCAUUCUCUUCCUCAUUUCAGCAGCAUUCUCUCGAAGACAACUUUUGACGACCCUCUUCUAUCUAAUCUACUAUAUACUCUGGUGAAUAUUCCAUUCCACCGAGUAUCUAUCCUAUCUUGUGCUAUGACCCAUGUACGAAACUGCCAUUACUACUACUACCUAUCUAUGACUUUGAUGACUAUCUUAUCUACCUAUGCAUACAUUUCUGUAUUAGCGAACCCCUUUUCCCUAUCUUGUUACUGGCCUCAGGCAUUGUUCUAUAUUGCUUGCUUACUUGCUUGCUUGCUUAUUGAUCGCGUUAAUCCCCCCCCCACCCCUCCCAUUUUCCCACGACGAAACCCCCAUCACCUAACCUACAUGUAUAUCAUGAUCAGAUCAUUUGGUUCAAAAAGCGUCCGUCUAUCACCA